AUGCGUUGGUUCGAGGUGCAGGAUUACAUCGGGUCGCUUCGUCCGAUCUAUAUUGUUUCGAAAGCAUGUCUUGUUCACUUCAGUACACUGGAUCUAAGCACUGCAACCGCGCAAAGAACGCUGUUUGGCCAAGUCAGGCUGGUCUUUACGGUAUUCAUGGAUAUCAUCCUGUUCACGUUUGCUAUACGAAGCCUAACGUUGUACCUCGAGGUGACCGAUUCGCUUCUUCUGAACGGUGGUCUUUUCGCCUCGCUUGCGUUGACAUUCAUUUUUUCUACGAUUCUUCCUCUGUGGAACAGUCAUACGGACGUUAAGAUGUACCAGUUGUACAAAAAUAUUGCGAUUUGUGAUGUAGAGUUGCUUAAUUUGGGAUUCACUGAGAACCAUUCCCGUCACCACAUGAUGAGCAUCAUCUUGCUCUGUAAUUCCAUGAUGAUGGUGGCUUAUAUAAUGAUAGCAAUCGCCUUCUUUCCAUCAUAUCUGGAAUGGCUUGGUGUUGCCAAACUGUUUCCAUCGGGGUGGACUACCUUAUCCUACGUUCGUACCAACCUGGUGAUGGGAGUCUUUGUCACUCAAACCACUUUGACACUGCAUUCGUUACGAAAGCGGUUCCAGAUGCUCAAUCAAGCAAUAUGCAAAUACCUACCAACCACAAUCCAGUCAAAACUAUCGAUACCGAACCCAAAGCUGACAUCGCUCCUGAUCCGGAAGUUUACCACCCUCCACGAUCUGCUCAGUGACACCGUGAACCUGUACAACUUCUGCUACUCCCCAAAAGCCAUCUUCAUAGCAGCUUCCUACUUCGGACUCACUCUGUUCUCCUGGUUCGGACUGAUCCACGCGUUCACCGCUAGUACGGACGUGACUACGUUCCGGAUGUCCGUGGCAAACGUCGUCUACGAUUGCUUCUUCCUGGUGUUGUUCGGUCUCCUAGUAUCGUUCUCGUGCCUAGUCAAUCGUGAGUGCCAUCGUACCGCAAUCCUCCUCCACAAGGUCGUCUGCUACGGAUCCUUCGACAGGCGGACCACCAAACAACUUCGUUGCUUUUCGCAGCAGCUUUGGCACCAGCUGCCAAAGGUUUCCAGCCGGUUGUUUGACUUCGAGUGGGAGUUGUUCUAUCACACUUCGGGAGCACUGGCAACCUAUCUGGUCAUCCUGAUUCAGUUCGAUCUGGGUAACAUCAACUACAAGAGGCUUCCGCAGGGAAUUUUGUAA